AUGGGUUCACAUAGCUUACCCUCCCCUCCCGCGGAUGACAACAAGUCUGCCCUCUCCCGGAAGAGCACCACCUCAAGUACCAAAUCGGUCAAGCCUGUCCACCGAGCAUCAAAACGUGCCAGCUCCAGUGCUGCCACGAUACACCACCAUGACCACGUUACCCACAGCGCUGGCAUGGAUGGUCGACAUAAGAGGGUCUGGAAGGCCUGCGAGCGAUGCCGCAUGAAGAAGACCAAGUGUGAUGGUGAAUUCCCUUGCAAGCGAUGCAAGGACGAUGGCUUGGUCUGCACUGCUGGUGUCCGCAAGAAGAUGGAGUAUAAGCAGCUCCCUCGAGGAUACGCCGAGGUCCUCGAGAACACCCAACUCGCCCUCAUUGCCACCGUCCACAAGCUCUACUCAAUGGUCCGAACUGGCCAACAGUGGGAUCUUGGUGAGCCCGAAUUGAACGACCGCGGCCAGCCCGUGAUCCACAACAUCGCCCAGAAGCUGGGCUGCAUCCGACCCAACAGCGAUAUCGAUCUCCCCGUUCACUCAGUGUUCCCCGAAGACGAAGCCGGCAUGGCAGAGCUCGCCCGCCAACUCGAGGAUCAACAGAAGGACCAGGAGCCUCUCAAGGAGAUCAAGGACACCGACUCGUCUGUGUACAACCGAACGGAGCGCGCGUCCUCUUCAGAAGUCGACCACUCCGAUUUUGAGCAGGACUACCGAAAGGCGGCCUUUGGAAACAGCAACGCCAUGACUCUCUCACCACAGAGUUUCACCGGCAGCCACGACUUCGAUUUCGCCGCCCCGCCGCCCGAGAUGGACCCGACGACCCUGUUUCCCUCCCAGUCUCCCUCGAUACCCAACUUCCCCGCCUGGACCAUGAACAAAGCGCAGCCCAACGACCUCACCAUGCAAUUCCUCCAACAAGCCGGCGUGAUGCAAAAUAUGGACAUGCUAAAUCAGGGCCUGGUGGAGUCAGAGUUUGGCACCAUUAAGCCCCACGUUCUCUCAUGUCCUAACCCGGAGGUCAUGAUGGGCAUGGGCGACCCAAUGAUUUAUUCGGGCUAUGACGGCGAGCCGAUGCGACUAUGA